GGGGGCAGGUGCCACCCCUAUAUGGGGCAGCUAUAUAUUCCUGCAAUGCGGGGAGGGGGGCUGGACUAGAUGACCCUCAGGGUCCCUUCCGACUCUACGACCCUGAGAUGCCGAGGCCUUGCGCUGCAGAGGCAGGGCGGGCUGGUGAAAGAGAGGGCAGCGGCGACGCCUGCACUUCCACAGGUGAGGAGAAGGAGAAGGGGGAAAUUCAACAGGUGCGGGAUUGCCUGACCCCGGGGCUGGCAACUCAUCGCUUAAAAGCCCCAUUCCUCGAUUAAUAGGGGGUUAAUAGGCCUGCCCACCCACCACCCGCUUCGGAAGCGGCCCUCACUCACCCUCAGGCCCGCCGCUUUCGACGCAAACUCCUCACAGCCGACUUUGGCUUUUCCCGGGCGCCGUUCGGGCAGCGGCGACGGGAGCCGCGAGGCGCCACAAGAGCCCGGCAAGCGAACGCCUCGCGCAGCCGCAGUCGAGGAGGGGAGAGCGUUGGCUUCCAUAUGGCUGAGCUCGCCACCUACUGGCUCUGGCGGGCUUCUCUUCCCCAGUCCGGCGCGCGGUGCUUUCUUAAAGGGGCCGACGCCCGGUUGCAACACACACAAGAGGCUGGCGGGUUGCAGGCUGAUACUAUUGAAUUCAAGGGCCGGUCUCCCAGCCAAGGUGAUGUGGUGCCGUGCGCUGCAACAUACCUCCUUUCGCAGUAAGACUUGCAUGCAUGGGCAUAGCCAGGAUUCCCACCCCCGCUGUUUUUCUGUUCUCUGCAUUUUUAUUUUGUACUUUUCAAGUUUAUACAUUUCACAAAUUUUAUGCAUUUCUCUAAUUUUGCAAUCAUUUUGACAUUUCAAAACUUGACUUCCUUCCCCCUCCUUCUACAGUUCCUUAAAUUUAUUUUUAAUAUCUUCUGCAUAUUUAAAUUCUUAAUUUGCUCAUUUUGUUGUUGUUGUUUAGUCGUUUAGUCGUGUCCGACUCUUCGUGACCCCAUGGACCAGAGCACGCCAGGCACUUCUGUCCUCCACUGCCUCCCGCAGUUUGAUCAAACUCAUGCUGGUAGCUUCAAGAACACCAUCCAACCAUCUCAUUCUCUGUCGUCCCCUUCUCCUUGUGCCCUCCAUCUUUCCCAACAUCAGGGUCUUUUCCAGAGAGUCUUCUCUUCUCAUGAGGUGGCCAAAGUAUUGGAGCCUCAGCUUCAGGAUCUGUCCUUCCAGUGAGCACUCAGGGCUGAUUUCCUUAAGAAUGGAGAGGUUUGAUCUUCUUGCAGUCCAUGGGACUCUCAAGAGUCUCCUCCAGCACCAUAAUUCAAAAGCAUCAAUUCUUCGGCGAUCAGCCUUCUUUAUGGUCCAGCUCUCACUUCCAUACAUCACUACUGGGAAAACCAUGGCUUUUACUAUACGGACCUUUGUUAGCAAGGUGAUGUCUCUGCUUUUUAAGAUGUUGUCUAGGUUUGCCAUCGCCUUUCUCCCAAGGAGCAGGCGUCUUUUAAUUUCGUGACUGCUGUCACCAUCUGCAGUGAUCAAGGAGCCCAAGAAAGUAAAAUCUCUCACUGCCUCCAUUUCUUCCCCUUCUAUUUGCCAGGAGGUGAUGGGCCCAGUGGCCAUGAUCUUCGUUUUUUGAUGUUGAGCUUCAGACCAUAUUUUGCGCUCUGCUCUUUCACCCUCAUUAAAAGUUUCUUUAAUUCCUCUUCACUUUCUGCCAUCAAGGUUGUGUCAUCUGCAUAUCUGAGGUUGUUGAUAUUUCUUCCAGCAAUCUUAAUUCCGGCUUGGGAUUCAUCCAGCCCAGCCUUUCGCAUGAUGAAUUCUGCAUAUAAGUUAAAUAAGCAGGGAGACAAUAUACAGCCUUGUCGUACUCCUUUCCCAAUGUUGAACCAAUCAGUUGUUCCAUAUCCAGUUCUAACUGUAGCUUCUUGUCCCACAUAGAGAUUUCUCAGGAGACAGAUGAAUUUGCUCAUUUAUUCAUCUUUAAAUAUACACUCUUAUAAAACUGCAGGUUAUUACGAUAAUCCUGCCAAUGUUUUUAUCUGUUUAUAAUUUAUCUGUAAAUGUUCAAUAAACCAUUUCCAUUCUUUUAUUUAAAAAUUGUUAUCUUGAUUUCUUAUUCUUCUGGUAAGUUUCGCCACUUCUGCAUACUCCGUAAGUUUUUGUAUCCAUUCUUCCUUGCCUGGGACUUCUGCUUCUUCCCAUUUGGGGGCAAGUAACGUUCUUGCUGCUGUAGUAGCAUACAUGAAUAUGUUUCUACAGUGGUACCUCAGGUUACUUAUGCUUCAGGUUACAGACUCCACUAACACAGAAAUAGUGCUUCAGGUUAAGUACAGUACGUUGCUUCAGGAUGAGAACAGAAAUCGUGAGGCACGGCAGCAGCAGGAGGCCCCAUUAGCUAAAGUGGUGCUUCAGGUUAAGAACAGUUUCAGGUUAAGUACGGACCUCCAGAAUGAAUUAAGUACUUAACCCGAGGUACCACUGUAUAUGUUUUAGGUAGUUCUGUCCCUAUAAUUCCCCAAAGAAAAACUUCUAGUUGUUGUUUUUUUUACAAAGGUUAUUUUAAACAUCCUUUUCAUUUCAUUCUAUAUCAUUUUCUUUUCUGUUUUCUUUUCCCAGUCACUUCUGUUUUCUUCACUUCUCUCUUCCCACUGUUAUCUCUUAGUCCCAUGUCGUGGGUCUCCAUUUAUGUGAUUUUCACCUGUGGCCCCCUUGGAAUAUCUUGGGGGUGGCCAGGGGCCCAUAUGCUUGGGAAACACUGUUGUGAAGCCACCCAUAAAAUGGGAUAAAUGUCCCAGAGAGGUUGCAGUUCUUUUGUGACAACGAGAUAAUCUUUUCUAGAGGCCCUGCUCUUGGAGUAUGGAAAUUUAGAACUGAUGAAGCUUUUCCCACCAGGGAUAUAAAUGGUGGGGAAAGCUUCACCUGUCUGAAGUUAAUGUGAAGGAAUGCUCCAUACUCAAGGCCCUGCCAGGGAGAAACUAAGAAAGAAUGAAAUCAAGAUACACUAUGCCCACAGCAUUCCCCUGAUCCACCAAGCUUGUAACUCCAUCAGGAAAAGAAAUGAGAUUUGUCUGGCAUGACUUGCCUUUGAGAAACCCAUGCUGCGUCUUAGGAAUUGCAGCAUCCUGUUUGUUAUGUACUGAGUUGAAUAGGAUCCAAAAUGCAGCAGUCUGAUUGGUCCUAGAACAAUAGGAUCCAAAAUGCAGCAGUCUGAUUGGUCCUAGAACAAUAGGAUCCAGAAUGCAGCAGUCUGAUUGGUCCUAGAACAAUAGGAUCCAGAAUGCAGCAGUCUGAUUGGUCCUAGAACAAUAGGAUUCAGAAUGCAGCAGUCUGAUUGGUCCUAGAACAAGGUAGCAAUAUGAUUGGUCUGCAGGAGCCACCCAAACCAGCUCCAGAUGGAAGUGAAUCCACAACCUGAUCGGCCUACAGGAGAAUUCUGCAAUUAGCCAAUCACGUGGGGCCCAUUGUGUAAAUAAUGUAUAUAAAGCAGAUAUUUUGGGGGAACUUUCAUUCCUCCUCCCACUAUGAGCUGAAUAAAGAGCCUGAAAUCCACUCUCGACUCAGAGUAUAUUUCACUGUUCUAAGAGCUCACAGACCUGCUGGGAUGCUUGGGAUAAGGGGAGUUUGGGAUGGUGGGAUGGGGUGGCCCCAUCUCUUGUAGAAAGGGUGGGGGCUGCCCCUAUUUUGGGUUGUGGGGACUGGGCAGCAGGCUGCUCCUUCUCUUGGUGUAAGGAGGGUUUGGGGCUGCCUUUCUAUUGGGGUGACAUGAGGACCGCACCUUCUCUUGGGGGGGGUGUUCCUGGUGGAAGCUGCCCCCAUCUCUCCUGGGGGGCUGUGGUGUUAACUGCCCCCUUCCCUCGUUGGGGGACCUGGGAAGGGGAGGGGGUUAGGAGGACCUGCAUGCCCUAAGGGUCUUCCUGGCAGCCUCUGGGCUGAAAUGAAAAGAAAAAGAGAGGGACACUUCAUUCAUUCAUAAAAUUAUUUCUAUACUGCUUUGUCUCAUACACACACACACACAUUCAUGGAAGCUGUUCACAGCAAUCCAAGCCAUAGAAUAAUUAAAGACAGGCAUGCAUUAACCCUUUCUGGAGGGCUGUGUCAUCCUUUGGUCAUGAAUAUAAGGCGUGUGGCUAAGUGCAUGCCUACAAGUAUACAGAAGCACAAAUACAGUCCCAUACCCUGAAAGAAAGCGCUGUGGAAAAAUGCGAGUUGCCCUUUAAAUUUAAAAUCCCUUUAGGAACAGCUGGUCUCUCUAGGAAAAACUGUGCAAGUAGCAGGCUAGGCUCUGCAAAACCUUUGCAGAAUAGCUUGUCAGCACCUCAUCCAUCAAACAGCAGACACCACCUUGUGGAAGUUAUUAUCAUUAAAUGUAUUUAUUAAAAGUGUACAUUGCCCUUAAUCUACAGAACUCAGGGUGCUGACAACAUAAAAAUGCAAUAUAAAAGCACUAAAUACAUGACAACAUGAACAAAAAAUAAACAAACAACCCACCCCCCACCCACCAAAUAAUAACAUUAUUAAUUAAGGCCUAUAAACUCACUUUUAUGAAUAAAAAACUCUGUAAACAUUAAAAUAAAAUGUUCCAUUUUGUUAAUCUUCAAUCCAAAUUUUAAGAUUAAUUUUUUCAAUCUAUUUGUCAAUUCCUGCUCACUGGAGUCAUCUGUUGGGGCCGGCUGCAGCCACGGACGGCUUUUAUUUACAAUAUUUUGUUCAGGUUGGCACCCAUAGGUGCCAGGUCCAGGGGGGUCCAGGGGGGCCUGGGCACACAUAUUUUUUUCCAUGGACCAUUUAUUGAUGUUCCAGUGCAUAUACAUAAUAUUUACAUAGAAUUUCAUAUUUCCUAUACAGUGGUACCUAGGGAUGCGAACGGGAUCCGUUCCGGAGACCCGUUUGCAUCCCAAAGCGAAUGUAACCCGUGUCUGUGCAUGUCGCGUUUUGGUGCUUCUGCGCAUGCGUGUGACAUCAUUUGACGGUCUGCGCAUGCGCACGUGGCAAAACCCGGAAGUAACGUGCUCCGUUACUUCUGGGUCGCCGCGGAGUGCAACCCGAAAAUGCUUAUCCUGAAGCAUAUUCAUCCCCAGGUAUGACUGUAGAGUGGUACCUCAGGUUAAGUACUUAAUUCGUUCCAGAGGUCUGUUCUUAACCUGAAACUGUUCUUAACCUGAAGCACCACUUUAGCCUAUGGGGCCUCUUGCUGCUGCCACGCCGCCGGAGCACGAUUUCUGUUCUCAUCCUGAAGCAAAGUUCUUAACCCGAGGUACUAUUUCUGGGUUAGCAGAGUCUGUAACCUGAAGUGUAUGUAACUUGAAGCGUAUGUAACCCAAGGUACCACUGUGGUCAAAUUAUCAUUAUAGAAUGGGACAUCCCUAUUUCCAUGGGAGAAAUGUUGGAGGGUAUGUCUUUGGGCAUUUGUGGAAAGUUCUGCCAAGAGGACUAUGUCACUGCAGGUCUUUUGAAAAGGUCCUUAAGGCUUGUUUAUUUUCUAUUGCAUUCUCUUGGAUUUUUUAAUACAGUGGUACCUCAGGUUACAUACGCUUCAGGUUACAGACUCCGCUAACCCAGAAAUAGUGCUUCAGGUUAAGAACUUUGCUUCAGGAUAAGAACAGAAAUCGUGCUCCGGUGGCACGGCAGCAGCAGGAGGCCCCAUUAGCUAAAGUGGUGCUUCAGGUUAAGAACAGUUUCAGGUUAAGAAAGGACCUCCAGAACAAAUUAAGUACUUAACCCGAGGUACCACUGUACUGUAUUUAUACAUUCACAUUUUCUAUUACAUUGUAGAUCCAAAUUUAGUUUUUACUUAGUUAUGUCACACAUGAGACAUAUUAUCUCUCCACCACUGACAAAGUGACACUAACAACAAAACAGGAUGAUCUCCGUCCCCCUCCUCUCCCUGCAGGGGUUAUUCUUUAUUCCCCCACUCCCAGAUGCCUUGCUCAACCUCACCUCCCAUGUCUCUUCCCCCCCAGGUUCUCUGUCGGGGAAAAUGAAGGAUCUCCAGGAGAAAGGGCCCCUCAUUGAGGAGAUCUGGGACCUCCUGCUUUCCCAGGUAAGGAUCCCAGAGCAGGGCGGAGAGGCUGGCUGCAACUGGGAGGGGGCUGCCUGUGGGUCUUCAGUAUCCUUGGGCCCUUGAUUUCCUGAUGCUCACCAGGCAUGUUUCCUCUCUCUCCCCCGCCCCCUUCCUUCCUUCCCCCAGUUUGGUGUGGCUGCAAGCAAGGAGCUCCAGCAGGCCAUUACCAAAUGCAGCUUGCAGCAGGCCAGGGCCCUGGAGUUCCUUCAAUCGAAGCAGCAGAGGGGUGUGUCAUCCAGGUAAGCUGUGUGAGAAGAGGAGGCUGAGCUCGGGGAAGGGGCCUUUUCAGCUGCUGGCUUGGCACUGUCCCUCUUUUCCCAUUCUGUGGGGGGGGGGGCAGGGAGCCUGUCCUCUUCUCCCUGCUGCUCAAUCCCUGGGCAAAUGCAAGAGAACCAGCCAGGUGGUGUAGAUUAGGUGACAUACUCUAGUUGCACGGCACCCAAAUCUCCAGGUGGUGCGAGAUUCCAGGGGGUCCGGGGGCUUUCUCUAGGUUUGGUUUCCUUGGAAUGAGGGGCAGCCUCCUGUUCUGACAGCAGCCGUCCAGCUGCCCCGAAGGAGAAGCCCCAUAGCAAGCAGGAGCUGAGCAGCAAGACUCACCCCACUUGCUUUGUUGCUUGUGAUCCUGGAGGUGGCUGACUCUCUGCUGUCCAGAAACAUGUUGUCUGUCUGCUUCCUUCUCUGCCUCUCCCAGGACAUUGAGAGCAGCCCUGAAUGCCACCACCGCCAGCUGACCGAUUUCCUGGAUUGUGAGCUGCGGCGCCUGGCCAGCUACUCUCUGCUGCUGAAUAACACCAUCCAGCACACUAAUGGUUUGCGCUGGGAGCUGCUUUGGGUUUCAAACUAAAACGAAACCAACUUUGCCCGUGUCUCUCUCUCUGUCACCCUCUCGCUCUGCACCUUCUUCGCUCAGGGGCGAGCUGGGAGCACCACUACCUUUGCCUGGCACGCAGUGAGUGCAAGGAGAUCCUUGAG